AUGCAAGGCUCUUUUUAAGAGUAGGAAGCUCUAGCCGACAUCUUUGAUUAAGUAAAAGAUGUAGAUAUAAAAAUCUUUGUGGUUUUAUUAGAAAUGUUUAGAAAGGAAAAAAUGAAAGACUGUAUUGGAUUUCUAUCAGAUAUUUAGAAUUCGAGACAAUUAGAAUCAUAAAUCUUACAACAAGUAGAGAAUAUCACCCAAGCUGAUACGGAAUAAAAAUUGUCUGUUAUUGCAAAUGACAUAAAUUAAAUUACAGAUGUAUUAAAAAAAUUAAAAGAUCAUGACUUCAAUAACUAAGACAUUAUCUCUGAAGAAAAUGAAGAAUCUAAACUAAAGUUAAUUUAAAGCAUCAAGGAUAAAAAAUAGAUAUAAGAAUUACUGUAAUUUUUAGUUCACCUCACAUCCAUUGAUGAAGCUUUAAUAUAGGUUGGGUCGAAUUCAUUACAUUUAUUAGUUUAGAUGAAGGUGGACCUUAGAAAGAAAAAUUUGGAAAAUAUUAAGAUCUAAAAUACUUCUUUAGUAGGAGGUAAUUUUGCUCGCUGUAAUUUAAGUGGAUCCUAAUUUGAUAAUGUUGAUAUAAGUUGGAUGAAUUUGAAUGGAGCAUUAUUAUUAAAUUGUAAAUGGAAAAAUUUAAGAAUCCAUGAAUUAAAUAACUUGGAUGGUCAUAGUAAUUGUGUGAAUUCAGUCUGUAUUUCACCUGAUGGAAAUACAUUAGCAUCUGUCAGUAGUGAUAAGACUAUUCGUCUAUGGGAUGUCAAAAAAGGAAAAUAAAAAGCCUAAUUCGAUGGUCAAACUGAUAAUGUUAAAUCAGUUUGUUUCUCUCCUGAUGGAAAUAACUUAGCCUCUGGAAGUGAUGAUGGGUCUAUCUUAAUAUGGAAUGUUAUGAUAAGAAAGAAAAUAGCCAAAUUAGAUGGUCAUACUUGCACUGUCUACUCAGUCUGUUUCUCUACUGAUGGAAAUACAUUAGCUUCAGGUAGUCUUGAUAUAUCUAUCCGUCUUUGGGAUGUCAAAACAGGAUAAUAAAAAGCCAAAUUAGAUGGUCAUACUUGCACUGUCUACUCAGUCUGUUUCUCUCCUAAUGGAAAUAAUAAAUACAUUAGCUUCUGGUAGUUGGGAUAAGUCUAUCCGUCUUUGGGAUGUCAAAACAGGAUAAUAAAAAGCCAAAUUAGAUGGUCAUACUAGCACUGUCUACUCAGUCUGUUUCUCUCCUAAUGGAAAUACAUUAGCUUCUGGUAGUGGUGAUUAGUCUAUCCGUCUAUGGAAUUUAAAAACAGGAUAAUAAUAAGCCAAAUUAUAAGGCCAUACUAGCACUGUCUACUCAGUAUGUAUUUCUCCUGAUGGAAAUACAUUAAUUUCUGGUAGUAAUGAUAAGUCUAUCCGUCUAUGGAAUUUAAAAACAGGAUAAUAAUAAGCCAAAUUAUAAGGCCAUACUAGCACUGUCUACUCAGUCUGUUUCUCUCCUGAUGGAAAUACAUUAGCUUCUGGUAGUUAUGAUAAGUCUAUCCGUCUAUGGGAUGUCAAAACAGGAUAAUAAAAAGCCAAAUUAGAUGGUCAUGAGCAUUGGGUAAUGUCAGUCUGUUUCUCUCUUGAUGGAAAUACAUUAACUUCUGGUAGUAGAGAUAACUCUAUCCGUCUAUGGAAUGUCAAAACAGGAUAAUAAUAAGCCAAAUUAGAUGGUCAUAGUGAUUAUGUUAUGUCAGUCUGUUUCUCUCCUGAUGGAAAUUCAUUAGCUUCUGGUAGUAAUGAUAAGUCUAUCCUUUUAUGGGAUGUCAAAACAGGAUAAUAAAAAGCAAAAUUAGUUGGUCAUACUAGUUAUGUCUACUCAGUAUGUAUUUCUCCUGAUGGAAAUACAUUAGCUUCUGGUAGUAAUGAUAACUCUAUCCGUCUAUGGGAUGUCAAAACAGGAUAAUAAAAUGCCUAAUUAGAUGGUCAUACUAGUGGUAUAUUGUCAGUCUGUUUUUCUCCUGAUGGAAAUAUAUUGGCUUCUGGUUGUUAUGAUAAGUCUAUCCGUCUAUGGGAUGUCAAAAAAGGAUAAUAAUAAGCCAAAUUAGAUGGUCAUAGUGAUUAUGUUAUGUCGGUCUGUUUCUCUCCUGAUGGAAAUACAUUAGCUUCUGGUAGUGUAGAUAACUCUAUCCGUCUAUGGGAUGUCAAAAUAGGAUAAGAAAUUAAAUCCUCUGAUAAAAACUACAAAGAUAUUCUUGCUUAAAUUAAAGCACCACUAUUUUCAAAUCAUCCUCUGCCAGGUAUUUAUUUUAUUAUUACCGUUUAGAAUCCAACAAUAUUACAAUUCUAAGAAUAUCUUAAAUACCAUUAUUUUAAGCAUAAGGAGCUUUGAUCUUGAAAGGAGAAUUUUUUAAUUAUGAAGGAUACGAUUUAAGAUAAUUAUUAAAAUCAAAAGGAUGCUGUUUUGUAGAAAACUUAUAGAAAGUGUGA